AAGUUGCUCAUGGACACUCAAAGUUCACUCACACAUUCUCUUUAAAUGAAUGUGUCAAUGGUAGCAAUGGAAUUAUUUAAAGCGUCAUAACAUAUUUUCUGCAGUGCUCUAUAAGCAAAUUUUUCUGAGCAAUAACUGGGACACUAUGCUGCGUAAUCUUGGCGCUCCUACGCUUCCUAGUCGAUAAAAUUCACGUUUUGACUGGAAGAUUUGGACUCCCUAUCCGAACCGAUCAGAACUAUCUUCCUCUAGAAGCCUCAUGGAGCUGGCAUAGAGAAGGAUUCAGUUUGUGUGGGUUUGUUUUGAACGAAUAUUGAGACGAGAUCUCACUAAUCGUCUGUCGGACAGGAGAGCGAAACUGUUGCGCAAUGGAGUUGCCAUGGUGUCGAGUUCAUUUGUUACUAUUGGCCAGCUCGUGUUUGUGUUCACUGGAUCGUGUUUCACACAACUCACAAAACAACAUCUUCUGUCCUAAGGGUUUUUUAAACUGCACAAUGAAUUAUGCAAACUCUCUCAGAGCACAUGAUGUGGACUAUGGCCCUGUGCGUGUGUGUUCUCUGGCGGUGAGACCUAAAUUGUGCUGUUACCGUAACAAUUGCAAACCAUGUUUGUGGAUCAACAUCCAGCUGAGUAUUAUCCCUGAUCUUGAGUGUGAGGAGUAUAGAGAGAUAGAGGGAUCAGGAGAUAACGAUGAAAACAGUGGGAACUGGGAUUCAGAAUGUGUUUCCACCCCAAAUUAUACAUCAGUAUAUCAAGAGAAGAAAUACCCUCCAUGUGAAGAUCAACUGGGUCAUCAAAAUAGUCCAGCUGCCAUUACAAUAUGCUACACAUCAGCAGAAAGACUUCCCUCAUGGUGCAAGAGAUUAGACUUCAUUGUGACUUCUGCUACAGGUUACAAACCACUCAAUCUGAUUCUGAUUGAGUAUAGAGAUGCUGAAUUCGGCAGAAAAAUGAAGAUCAGUGUUGGAUCUUUCUCUCAAUCAGCUGAAGUUGAAAUCCCUACCUUACGAACAGUGUGUUCCUCACCACAAAACAAGGAAAUGAAGGCGUGUAAAGGUCCCAGAGUUGGCACUAAGAUUGACACACAGAACGGUGUUGUUAGGCUGCAGUUAGCUAAUGAGGAAGGAGGAAAUUCCGAACCACUGCACCUGUGUAUGAAACGCGGAAGAGAAGGCAAAUGCUCAUCGAAUUUCCUCAUGAAUAACACCAUUCCAUUGAAGUCAGUCACAAACUGCACAUGUUUUCAGGCUUGGAAAGACGGAUCAACUCGUUCAGAAUUCUGCCCCUUUAAAGAACAUGCAGAAUUCAGAAAAAAUGCCCUGGACAACGUGUCAGUGUCUGUGGCCCACACCAAGACAUAUGAUGGUCUGCCGGUGCUGAGCUGGAUUUUAACAGCGCCAUGCAGACUCAAAGCUGAACUAUGGCCAUGCCAGGUGCAGGCAGAUGGAGAAUGCAAAGAGGUUGACGGAUUCAGAUUGCAGUGCUGUAAUAAGAAAGAUUGGGAAGAAAAUGUCACAGCUCUAUGGGCAUCCGGGACAUUUGUGAAUAUUAGUUCUCGGAAUCCCCAUCAACUAUGUUUGAUGCUUCAAGUUGAUGGAAAGAUUCUGCACUAUAACUGCCAACAUCCCUUGGAACGGCAGUACUGGAGCCUUCUCAUUAUUCUGCCGUUAAUCAUUGUUUGUCUGGCUAUUUUUGGAAGCCUUCUACUCAUGAACAAACUCAAAUCUACAGGGUCACUUAGCAAAUGGGACAGAAGUCAUCAUUCUAAAGAUACGAGAGGGCAGGUGUUGCUGCUGCAUUACUCUGCUGCUGAACCAUGGCAAACGCGUUUGGUGUGCAAGCUGGGCCAACUGCUUUCUGAGCUGGGUUUCCAUGUGUCUCUAGACCUUUGGAACCAGGCAGAGCUCAGUACUCUGGGCCCAAUGCCGUGGCUCCAUUCCAAGCUCGGUAACAUCCAGAAACAGGGAGGCAAAGCUCUUCUGCUGCUUUCUCCAUCAACACUACAGCGAGCCAAAUGUUACUGGAAUUUUUCAAGGGAAGGGAUGGAAGAAAGCCACAGCAACCGUACCAUAAACUUCUCAGAUAUACUGGGUGCUGCCCUGGACUGCAUUUUUGCUGAUUUCCAGAAGGGUGGCGCUGGAGAGCGGUUCGUUCUCGUGCAGUUAGACAGUCAUGAACAUCUGAUCAAUGAAGGGUAUAACAUGCCAAUGUUGCUCAGGGGUCUGCCGCUCUAUAAACUCCCUUCACAGAGUCAAGCACUACUUAAAGAGCUGUGUUUGGAAAGUCCGAACAGCGUGAGUGGAAAGUUGAAGAAGAUGUGGUGGAUAAAGUGGGCACGGAGGAAGCUGGCUCAAGGAAUAAAGAAUGAUUGUAAUGGGAAGAGGAAGAGGACUGAAUCAAUGCUCACUCAGAUGGAUUCAAUCAGCCUAGACACAGAAGACAUGGAGGAGAAGGUUUUUCUAAAAACUGAACAGUUAUAGAGCACUGACAUGGUACCAUGUUAAUACCAUUCUUUUUGGACAUUUACCAUAGUAGUUCUGCUAUCGUAAUGUUUUGAAGUACCUUGGAGUACCAUUUAAAUGCCAUGGUACAUAAAUAUAGUAAUAUCGUAAAGUACCAUAGUAUAUUACCUGACAUGAAAUUAUUUUAACAUGGCUCAAAUCAGAGUGGAGUGGUUGUUAAAUAUGAAGUCUACAUAUUUUACUUAAGGACAAAGGAAAAUGGGGGAAUUUAACAGCACAAUAUAGCUAUAGGAAAUAACAAUCACAAUUGCAAUAGAGUGCACCCUUGAAAAAGUGUUUGACAAAGUCAGCCCUGAAGAGUUUUUAUCAAUAUGGAUCGUAAAACCUCAUAUGUAGAUUUUCUGUUGUUAUACCUAUUUUAACCUUGAUUUUGCCAUGCAAAUAGCCAUAGAAGUUGACAUGGCAUUAAAUUAAGAAAACAAAUAACUAUAGUGCAUGUUCAAUGGAACAUUCAUAAGUGUAAAUACGUGUAAAUAGUAAAAUAUUUGGGAAUUUGUACAAUUCAAUUAAAAUUAUCUGCUUGUACUCAAAUAUACAGUUUAUUGACAA